AUGCAAUUCAACCCACGUCGAACGAGUUCGGGCAACGGCGCUUUCCUCAUCUCAAAUACUCACCUUCGACCGGCAAUGAAAAGUGAGCCAGCACUCCCUUCACGACCACGACGCCCGGCUUUACUUCGCCUACACAAGUUCCGUGCCAUCAUCCUACCACUUCUUCUCAUGUUCACAUUCACCACCCUGCUCCUGGGGGCCAUCUACGCAUACUGUGUAGCGAAGCCUCACACCGACAUUGGAGACAUCUUGGCCGUGGACAGCAGUGCGGAAGCCGACUCCUCCAUCUUCAGCAAACGAGAAACAGCAAACACUGCCACCGAAACCACAGCAGACAAAAAGAGCAUUUCUUCUUCCUACGGGCAUUCCGAGGUCGCUCUGCUUUUCUACGCGCUCACUGCGCCUGGGCUUUCUAUAUUCCACACUGUCUUUGAACUCAUCAUGCAUCACCACACCCCCCAAUAUCUGUCACGACGCAGCAUCUACAUCACUUUCCUCACAACGUCUUCGCUUCUCACCUGUGGCUGGAUCACCACCCUAGCUUUCUGGAUGCACUGUGAACUACCCAUCUUCAACCAGAAUAAGGCUGGACAGGGCGUCUGCCCUAUCCAGGUCCGCGGACACUUCAUGUACGGGAUACAUGAAGUCAGCAUUGCCAGGAUCGUCGUAGGAUGGAUCAUUGUGCUGACGUACAUUGGCCAUGUUGUCCUUCUGAGCUUUGGUUACAAUGUACAGAAAAGGAUAUGGAGGAUCAUAGGUGGUGGGGCAGCAACUGGCGAUGUGGAGAUGACCCACGGCGAGGCCAGAGUCGUCGUAGUCAGCUUCGACGAGGAUGACAAGGACGAUCGAGCUCUGGCCAAGGAAGCGCGUGCUCUAUGA